CGGUCAUCCAACAAACAAUUUUCCAAAUACAAAGGGGUAGGGAAAAAUAAGCGUAUUCGUGGCGGUGAAAAUAAGUUUCAAAAGUUGAUUGAUAAGAAAAGUUUUAAUAAAAGCAUUUUUUUAUUGUACUACUUUAUUAUUGUUAUUGUUUAAUGAUAUGAAUUUAAAUUUUUUAAUGUUAAUUCAGUGAAGGUGACUUUUUGAAAAUGACUUCUGAUAUUUUUAUAUGGUAUUUGGUGGUGACAUCGUUUAUUCAAGAUUCUUUGGGGGAUAAUCCGAAAGUGGAUCCAGCAAGUUUACCGAUGUUUCUCACGUCCAGCCAACUUUUCAAGGUCACAGAGAAGGAAACUGUCGUUCUUCCAUGUGAAGUGGCUAAUCCUGGUCAUUACAUUUUGGCUUGGAAGAAAGGAAUUGCGGUUCUUUCAGCGGGCAGCGUAAAAGUGUCUCCAGACUCGCGUAUAAACCUCAUGAACGGUUAUAACUUGGAAAUCAAGUCGGUGGAAGCUCAGGAUGCUGGAGAUUACGUUUGUCAAAUUGGGACGUUGGAACCGAGGGAAAUCACACAUACUUUAGAAGUUUUAGUUCCGCCAAAGAUACAAUAUAUUACCGCAAACGGACGUGUGGAGGCGAAAAAAGGAACAACGGUUAUUUUGGAAUGUCGAGCGAUCGGAAAUCCGAAUCCCAAAGUUACGUGGACACGAAAGAACAACCUGUUGCCGAGUGGGGAUCAAAUGUUGGUUACACCAUCGAUUACACUUCAAAAUGUCGAUAGACAUCAAGCCGGAACUUAUCAAUGUUCCGCUAAUAAUGGAAUUGGUGAACCGAUUAUAGAACAAAUUCUUUUACAUGUUAUGUAUCCUCCUGAAAUUACAGUAGAACGACCAAUUGUACAUUCAGGUGAAGGAUUCGAAGCUCAACUAGUUUGCAUAGUUCACGGCGAAAGUCAACCGGAGGUACUUUGGUAUAGAGAUACGAUGCAAUUAGACACAACCGAACAACGAAUUAUGCAAUCACGCGGUUCUCGACAUACUUUAGUUAUAAGAAAGGUGCAUCGUUCCGAUUUUGGUAAUUACACUUGCGCCGCCGACAAUCCUUUAGGUAAAACAAGAAAAACAGUUCAAUUAACAGGAAUACCAAAUUCCGCAAAAUUUAGUAGCGCAUCAAGAGGAUUAUAUCGCGAUAGUUACAAUAUAACCUGGGCUGUAGAAUCGUUCAGUCCGAUACAAGAAUACAAAUUACUUUUCAGACGUUUACCAGACAAUUUAGGUCACGCAGAUGGGUAUCCUCAGCCGCUUCAUCACCAGAGUCAAAGACGGACUACCGUCGUGAAAGAAUCCACGAUGAACGUUGGUUACGGAUAUCAACAUCAAUUUAACGAUAGAAGAACCGAUUGGAGGGACGUAAUCCUGCAAGCGAAUCCGGUCUCCCAGUUUCCGGGUGUUCAGUCGAUGAGCUACGUCAUCAAAGGUUUGAAACCGGGACAAAAUUAUGAGGCGAAAGUGGAGGCACGUAACCGGUAUGGAUGGAGUCCAAUUUCCGAACCGUUCACCUUUCAAACUGCAGAUACAGAUAUGAAUUAUCCAGAACGACCUCAAACACCAGGACAUAUCUACAACGAGAAUGAAAUCCAUGAUUUCGAACCACGAAUAUAUUUUAAUAACGCCAAGCCAUUAAAGCCCCAAUUAAAUUCAAUCUUAAUAAUACCUCUUUUUAAUGUAUUAUUUUUUCUUUCACGUUAAUAAAUAUUUGUUCCAAAUUUAAUAAAAAAUCAGUAAUCGAGAGCAAAAAAAAUAGAGAUUCCGUUAAGAGAGCAGCACUUAACGGAUGACUGAAGCACUUCGUAUUCGUCAUUAUUCGCAAUUUGAGGGUGGCAUGUCAGAAUCAGCUGACGGUUAAAAAGCGGUGAUCGAUGCGAUUUUCCCAACUUGAGUGAUUCUUUUUUUUAUUUAUUAAUAAAGGGGGUCCAAGUAGUGAGAAAGAAACAGGAAAUGCCGGAAAGAAUUAUGGAUUUAAAGACUUUGAAAUGUAAAUAAGUUAAUUAAAUGGUUAAUUGUUAUAUAAAAAAUAAAUACGAAGGAGCUUUAAAUGUCGCACUAUUAAUUAAUUAAUUUAAACAAAUAAACCUAUAAACAUAUUCAAUUUAAAUGAUUGAUGUAAAUGUAAUGUAGCUAUAAAACUUAUAGAGAUAAGGUAAUAAUUUUAAGUUUGUAUGUCGUACAAAAAAAGAACUGAAAAUGAUU